CGCACAGACUUUCACAUGACAAAACCAAUAGGCUCGAGUUAGUUGAUGAGCGGGGCUCAACAUUCUAGGACAUGUCUCAAACCGAUUAAUUGGAGGCGCUCGGCUGGAGACGGCGAUGGGGCUGCACGAGUUGUGGCGCCUCGUGCUGCUGGCGCUGCUGCUGGUGGCGAGCUGCCGGGGUGAAGCUAUCUGCAGUUCACCUUCCAACUGGUCUCCCGGGCUGGAAGCGAGCUGCACACAACAUGAUGCUGAACUAGCAGCGCAGCUUGUGCUGAACGCGUCACGAUGCGCAUCGCUCGAGAGCAGGGAACUGCGGAUCUUCUCUUCCUUCGCUUCGGUUUUGGGGCCGCUGCAGGACGCCGGCCGUCUGUUGGCGUCCGACGGCGGGUUCAAUCUCUCAGCCGUAGUGACGCCCAGCUUUUUCGAGCUGAGAGCGGUCAACGUCAGUGUGGAAAACUCGCGCGGCAUCCUUGACUACUAUGAUGGCUACCUCGUGCCGGCGGAGGCGCUACCGGAGAUGGCGCUGGCCGGCUUGAUAGCGCCCCUGGACCACAUCAUCAUGGAAACCCCCGACCUGAACUGGUUCCGCAUUGCUCGGUUCUUCCGGGGCGCAGCCGUGCUGCACGGCCAGGAUACGUACGGCGUGCCUCUGGGCGGGGCGCCGACACUCUUGUACUACAGGAAGGACGUGUUUGACCGGCUGGACAUACCAGUGCCAGCCACGUGGGAGCAGCUGCUGGCAACUGCGCAGCGCUGGCAGGGCGUGGACGUGAACGGCGACGGCCAGCCCGACUGGCCGUUCUGCUACAACCGCCUGGCAUACUGCGGCGGCUGGGGGCUGCAGGCUGUGGCGGCGCCCUACCUGCAGACGUCGCGGUCCGCUGGCUACAUGAUCGACCCCGCAUCUGGGUCGGUGCUUUUCGGAUCGGCGGGAUGGAUUCGUGCGAUGCAGGUGUGGCAGGCCCUGGCUGAGCUGUCGCCGCCGGAGGACGCGCACAACUGCAUCGCCACAACCAGCGACAGCUUUGACCACUUCGCGGCCGGCACGUGCAUGAUGACCUUUAACCACAUUGAGUUCUUCAAGUUCUACGCGGGGCCUGGCGCAUUGCCGGCGCUGCGCUCCAACCUGGGCGUGGCACUGGUGCCCGGCAGCGCCGUGGUGCUCAACCGCACAAGCGGCCAGCUAGUGGGCUGUAGCGCCGCAAUAUGCCCCACAGCAUCCUACGAGCAGGACUUGCCGGCGCCCUGGGAGCUUCAGGAGCUGGCGGCAGCUGUGCAGCAGCCGGUGGACACCACGACUUCCGGCGGCGAUGGCGCCACAGCGCCGCCGACAACGGCGUCGCGUGUCGGGACGCAGAACGGGACCGCGACGCAGGCACCAACGCGGACGGUGAAUCAGACGCUCCUCGUGAAUCGCGCCGCCUACAUGCUUGGCGGCGUGGUGGGCGUGGUCAGUCGGCGCAACCCGCGCGCUGUGCAGGCCCAGGUUGUGGACCUGUUCUCGCGGCUCACCUCGCCAUCACAACUGGGCAUGACGCUGCAGACGCGGCCAGGCACAUUCCUGGGCCCCUUCCGCACCGACCACUGGAGCCCCGCCUCCGCGCACUACUGGACCACCGCGGGCUACGAGCCGUCAGCGGUGUCGGACAUGCUGCUGGCGGUAUCGCAGGUGUACACAGGCAACAACCAGGUGUCCACGAUGCGGCUGCCGGGUCAGCCCGAGGUGGAAGCUCUGCUGACGGCGGCGGCGGCGGCCCUGGACAACGGCACGGAGCCGGCGGCGGUGGCGGCGCGGCUGGAUGCGGGCGUGCCGGCGGCGCUGGAUGCGGGGUGGGCGCCGUAUGUGCUGGCUGACGUCAGUGGCAAGGGCGGCAACAGCAGUAGCAGUAGCGAGCUGCCGGGCUGGCUGUUGCUGUACCGGGUCCAGGUCGGGUACACGGAGCCGGUGGCGCCGGUCCAGCCGCCUCUGCCGCCCAAUACCAACUCCACAUCCGUGUCCAAGCAGGCCAUCGUGGUCAUCGCGGUGGUGCUAGGGCUGGUGGCGGCGCUCACAGGCGUCGUGGCGCUGGAGGUGCGGAACAAGCGGCGGCACAAGGACCUGUUGGGCCGCGUGAAGCCGCCGCUGGGCGACCCAGACACCACCAUCGUGGUGGCCUCCAUUCAGGACUUUGACGAGCUGUGGGAGGCGCUCAUCAGCGACGCCAGCGAGCGGGCGCUGCAGCAGUUCAGCGACCUAGUCGACGACCUGCUCAGCAGGUUCAGCGGCUACCGCGCUCCCUCGGAGGAGGAGGACGUGGUGGUGGCUUUCCACUGCCCGCGCGACGCCUGCGAGUUCGCGCUGGAGCUGCAGCGCGGCCUGCUGGCGCAGCGCUGGCCGCGCCACGUGCUGGAGAUGGAGCAGUUCCGGCCGCACUACCUGGCGCAGAGGAAGAAACCGAGCUUCAGUCAGAGCUACGGGCACGGGCCCUCUCGCGUGCCGCUGUCGCCCUUGGUUACGACUGGGCCCAUGGCUGAGGACGACGACAAGCUUUUCACGCUCGACACGCGCGCCGACAACGUGCGGUCCUUCGGCGAGCAGUGCGUGGCGUCGUGGCAACACGCCGAGCCGCACACGCCGGACGCGGAGCUGGCGUUCUGCGGCAUUCGCGCGCGCCUGGGCGUGUGCGCGGUGGGGUUCAGCCGACUGGGACUGGAGCUGGAGCCGGGGCACCGGCGCUACAUAUUCAGUGGCGAGGCGGUGGAGGUGGCUGCCGCGGCUGCCGCUGCGGCCCAGGGCGGCAUGGUGCUCAUCCCGCAGUCCACCUUCCGGCAGCUGCACCUGGAGAUGCUGGCAGAGCAGUGCCUGUUCUGCCACCUGGGCGAGUACCAGCUGACCUCCGAGCUGCCGCCCAUGGACCUGUACCUGGCGCUGGACCGCCAGCUGCUGGGCCGACUGGCGCUGUUCGGGCCGCUGUCCUGCUACCUGCAGUGGAGCCAGGGCGCCUUCGCCGCGCCCGUGCACUCGGCCAGCAUGGUGUUCACACACGUGGUGGGCGUGCAGACGCUGCUGGCGUGGAACUACGACCUCAUGCAGGACGUGAUCGAGACGUUCACGCGGCUGGCGCAGGUGGAGCUGCAGCAGGCGGGCGGCUACCUGGUGGAGCACGUGGAGGGCUUCAUGCUCACCGCCUUCCACUCGCCCGCGGACGCCAUCCUGUGGGGCCUGCGCAUGCAGGAGCUCAUGCUCAAGGAGGACUGGCCCGACGAGCUGCUGUCACAUGAACUGUGUGAGGAGGUGACGGUGACGGUGCCGGUACGCGGCGGCGAGGUGACCAGCGCUACGGUGUUCCGGGGGCCCCGCCUGAAGACCGGCAUCGACAUCGGCCAGGUGCUGGCGCGCCUGCACACCAUGACCGGCCGCAUGACCUACCGCGGCAAGGUCAUGAACCGCGCCGCGCGCAUCAGCGCCGCCGCAAGCAGCGGGCAGGUGCUGUGCAGCGCCGAGGCCUGGGAGAGCUGCACCGCCAACCCCAACGCCCUGCGGCUGGUGUCGGGCACCAGCCUGGGCCUGUUCCAACUCAAGGGCAUUGCGGAGCGCAUCGAGGUCUUCCACUGCACGUACCAGCGGCAGUUCCCCGCAGCCGCCUCCACUCGUCGCAGCAGCACCGUGUCGCAGGGCAUGCACUCCUCCGACAACCACACCGCCGCGACGGCGGCGGCGGUGGCGGCGGCCGCCGGCAGCUUGGCCGCCGCCGCCAGCACGCGCCGCCGCUCCACCGUAGUGCUGUCCACCACCUCCCACCACUCGCACCACCUCUCCUCCCACCACACCGGCUCACACCGCACCUCCCACCACACCGGCUCGCACCGCACCUCCCACCACACCAGCGCUGCCUUCGAGCACGCCUCCGCCUCGGCCUCCGCCUCCGAGGCUCUCGGCCACGUCAUCGUGGGUGGCGCCGCCGGCAUCGGCGCCGUCGGCGGCGCCGCCGGCAUCGGCGCCGUCGGCGGCGCCGCCGGGCGGCGGCCGUCGGCGGCCUCGUCAGCCAUGGCUGCCCGCAGCAGCAUGGGGCCGGUGCACGUGACGGACAUGCUGACGCUCAUGGGAGUGGACCAUUCGGCGGGCGCCGCGCCGGGCAGCAUGCCGGGAGUGGCCAUGGGCCACAUCCCUGCCUCACCCACGCAGCCCACGCCGCUGCUGGUGCCUAUCGCCGCGAGCGGCAUCGCAGACGCGGCGGGCAUGGCCGCCGGCCCCGGGACCGGCACGGGGCCUUCAGGCAGCUCGCCUGGAUCUCGGUGGCACGGCGGCGCAGGCGGAGGUGGCGCGGCGGCGGCGGCUGUGGCGCCGGUGCCAGGGGUUUCCAUGGGUGGGCAGAGUAGCGUUGGCGGGUCACCGAGCAGCAACGGCCCAGCCACCGCUGUGGCGACGGCGCGCGCUGCCCUGGCUGCAGUGCUGCAGUCCCGCACGCGCUCCGCCUCCGCCAUCCACCUCUCCAACCAGCAGCAGCCCCUCCGCACGCGCUCGGCUCGCAGCCGCCGGCCAGCACUGGCGCCGGCGCCAGGCAGCAGCGCAGACUCAGCCUCCGAGCCGCAGGUUUCCCUGCUUGACUCCGCCGGAGCGCCUCCCGGCGUGCCCGGAUCCCCGGGCCCCUCAGUGCUGGGCCUCGCCGCCCGGACCGCCUCUCGAAACCGGCUCGCGGUGCUGCAGGCGGCGGCGGCAGCACCAGGUGCCGCCGACGCGCGUCUGGCGUCACCCAAGGCGGCGGCCCAACUCGAGCGGCCCGGCGGCGGGAACUUGGGAGGCGGCGGCAGCUUCGGACAUGGCAGCAGUGGCGAAGGCGACGACGGCGGCGAGGAGGACGACGAGGAUGGCAUGGCGGCACUGACUGCGGCGUCCGUGGCGGCGGCGGCGGCGGCGCACCAGCAGCAUAUCUUCGGCACCAGCACGGUCGCCGCCGCCGCUGUGGCUGCGGGCGGCAGCGGCGCCAAUGCGGUCGCGGCGGUGUACGCGAUGCUGCCGAGUGUGGUGCUGUCGGCAGGGGUGCCGCACGCGGCUGUGUCCGCCGCCGCGGCAAAUGCAGCGACAGCGGCGUCCUCGAGCAACCCUGCAAACCUGCACCCGCCCAGCGGCGUGGGGCUGGCGCUGGAGCUCAUUGACGAGGCGGGGGCGAACGAGGGAGACGGUAGCAGCGCCGAAGCCAGCGUGAGCAGCAAGCGGACGAAGACCGGAACGGGCGUGGCAGAGGUUGCCGCCAGCGCUGCCGCGAUGUUGGGGCCGUCGGCGGCGGUCUCGCCGCGCCCAGGCGAGCCGUCUCCCAUGCUGGCCACCAUCGGCGAAGUGGUGCUUGGCAAAAGCGCCUCCUUUGGCCUGGCCGGCGCCAACAGCACCUUCCCUGGUAGUGGGGCCUCCGAGGGCGGUGCCGCCGCGACCACCACGCCGGGUAACGCUCACGACAGUGGCAGCGCUGCAGGCCGACAGCACCCCGGCUCCGCGCGCGUCCGCCGCCGCAGCCGCGGUGGCAGCGGCGGCUCCGCCGGCGCCUUGCUGCGCUCGCCCAUCCAGCUGCCGCUGCCGCCGCCGCAGCCAUCGUCGGCGCUGGCGCUGUCCGGCAACGUCUACAGCAGCGACUUCGGCGCGGCCUUUGGCGACACGAUGGAGGGCGCCAGCGCCGCCGCCGCCGCUGCUUAUGGAUGCCCGGUGUCGCACCUGCUCGCCGGCGCCGGCGGCGCCAACGCCGAACCCCCCUUCGACAAGCCUUUGGUCGAGACGUUGGAGGUGACGGCGUCCACAAACGGCCUUGGCCGCACUGGCUACGGUAUCACCGCCUCCUCCGCCGCUGACUCCAUUGGCAGCUCCCUGCAGGGCGGCGGAGGCGGAGGCGAGGGCAGGCAGGUUGGGCGGACCGGAAGCGCCACAAGCGGCCACAUGGCGUACCUGGCAGGCAUUGGCGCGAUCAGGGCCGCGCCGGCGACACACACCACCGCCAGCGGCAGCGGCUUUAACGUGGCCAGCGCCAACAGCGUCGAGAGCCCGGUGCACAGCGGCAGCACGCCGCAUACCACCGGCGGCGGCAUCAGGACGCUAGUCGCCAGCGCCGGCGCCAACAACGGCCACGGAGGUGCGGGCGGCGCAGCGAAGGUGCUGUCAGCGGCGGCGGCCGCGCUCACGAGCCCCGUGGGCAGCGGGGCUGCGGGCGGCAGCGGUAGCAGCAGCAGCGGCGGCGGCGGCGGCGCGGGCGUGUUCAAACGCACGCCGCGCAGCUCCCUGGCCUCGUCCCCUUCGCACCUGCACUCUCCGCCGCAGUCGCAGCCGCACGCACACAGCUUAUUGGGCACGCAGCUCCCACAGCAGCAACAGAUGCCGUUGCCAUCGGCGCCGCUGGGCCUGACACUGCCAGCGCCGGCGCUGGUGUCCGCCGAAGGCACCGAGUCCUCAGCUGCCCAGGCGUCUGUCGCCAGCUCUGUCCUCAAUAUCGUGUCCUCAAGCCUCGACCCCCACACCGAAGCCCUGGCCGCCGCCGCCGCCUCUGCAGCGGCCGAUGCCGCGCAUGGCAAAGACGCAGCACGGGCAGUAGAGUCGAAGACCAGUGGCGACACGCCAUCGGAGGGUGUGCCUGCAACAGCUGUGCCGGCGGUGGCUGCCGAUGCGGCAUCAGAGCAAGCGGCGGCGGGCCGAGAGCAGCUGAGCUUGGCUCCGGCGGUCGCGGCCGAGGCUCAAGGCCAGCACGAGCAGUCAGGUACAGGAGCAGCAGGGGCGCAACAGCCGGCGCUGGAUGGCGAGCCGGCGAGGGAGGGCGCCGCCGCCAGCGGGGAUGCUGUCCCCGGUUCCGCGCAAGCAGGCACGGAGCACGGCUCUGCCGGCAGCGGCAACCUCCGAGUCGUGACCGGCGCAAAGGCAGGAGCAGCACCUGUCAAUAUCAGCGGACCGGCCGUAGGUGGCAAGCACUUGCAGAGCGGUGUCACGGCGCCGCCAGGCGCCAGUGGCGGCGCAGCCGCGGCGGCCGCCAUUGCUGCCGCCGGCCGGCCUGGCCGCGCCAUGGGCGUUGUAUCCAGCGAUAUGCCCUCCAAUGUGGCCUCACCGGGCAGCCCCUGGGUCAGCGGCUACAGCGAGUUGGACAGCACACUGGCCGGCGCCGCCAGCUCGGUCUACGCCUACUCGGCUGGCGGCGGCGCCGGCGGCGGCGGCGCCGGCAGCCGCCAGGUGCUGCGGAUGGCGGCUGCCACAUCGACCGGGUCGGUGUCGGUUCCGGGAUCCGCGCCGACGCCGGCAGCGAUGUCAUCGACGGCGGGCGGCGGCGGCGUGGUGCUCGUGCGCAGCCGAGCAGGCGGGCGCGGCGUGGUGCGGCCGGGCUGCAGCGGCAGCGUGGAGGGCAGCGGCGCGAGCAGCGUCGAGGAGAACGGCGGCCCCCUGGCGGCGGGACCUAUUGACGAUCUUAGCAAUGGCGGCGGCAGCGGCAGUGGCGACAGCGGCCCCGCAGCGGUCACCGACACGCCCGGUGGAGCGUCGGGGGCGCUGCGGGUGCCCUCUCGCAAGCAACUGCGCGGUGGCGGCGCUGGUGGUGGCGGCGCCAACGGAAGCGCUGGCAGCGGCCGUGGCGAGGGCCGGCGGCUCAGCCCCAUUCGCAGCUCCAGCAACACAGCAGACGGCGGCACCCCCUCGCUGGCGGCGGCGGCGGCAGUGUACGGCAUCGACAUGCCACCCGAGGCUGCGUACCAUAGCAGCGGCAACGAUGACAACGCUGCCCUGGCAGCGGCGUUUGGGGUUGGCAUGCCGCCGCCGCCGCCACCAGUUGCCCCUGCAGACCGCAGCCGGGGUGGGUUCCAUGGUGACUUGGCCGCGGCGGCGGCGGCGUUUGGGGUCGGGCCGCCGCCGCCGGCGCCGCUGGCUGGCCUCGGUGACUACAACCUGCCAGGUGUCAGGAGCCCCACGCCAGAGCAGCUGGCGGAGGCGAUGAAACUACUUGGAGAGUCGCACCACUAACCAACAUUGGAAGCGCACUAACAUGCUUAAGAACACGAAAGAUGUGCUGAAGUUGAAGGAGAUCGAGGUCAAUCAAGACAGUCUCCCUGCCGCUGCCGGUGAAGUGGUUGUUCGCGUUGGCAGUACUGCUUGUCGCGCUACUGCUGCGCCUGCUACUGGGAGCAGUGAUGAUCAGCAGGCGGCUGCGCCUUGCCAAGCUUGUUUGUUCCUUGUUUUAGCCAACGCAUAUACGCAUUGGCCACGUGCAAUGACUGAAGGUCUCCUGAAGGCAAACGUCUGGCCGUUGAAGACGUCGGGCUUGAUAGCAAUAAAGUGCGCUUCACGAUUGCGGAAGUCUGGACGCAUCGGGCGAUGGCGGGGUGCGAUUAGGCGGCAUGAUCUUUGUUUGUUCUGAUGAACGGUGCCACGAUAGCGCCGGGUUGUCCCUGCAUGUGUCCAGGCGUUGCAGGAUUGUGGUAGGGGAGCGCUAGGGCAGCUGACACUGCUGCUGCGCUUGAAAUCAUGUUUGGAGCUUCCGUAGAUUACAUGCGCAGUUCGUUGAAAUGAUGUGUGGUUGGCUGUGACCCAUAUCCCGGUCCGCCAGCAUGGGUAGUUGGCAAGGUGACCAAGCGGGCGGACCAGUCAACCAGGUUCCAUUACGGGUGACUCCGUGCGUGCACGUGUAAGCAAUGAAGGCAUCUCUGUGCAGGCGUGUGCGCUGGAAGGAAAGCAGCGCUUGGCCGUGUUGAUAUGGUAGCAGCAGUGUGCGUUUGGUAGCAGCAGUGUGCAUAUGGUCACGCUUGUGGAAAAGUUCGAAAGGUACUUGUACAGGAUGUCGCUUCGCUCCCGGGGCUUAGCCCGUAGUCGGAGUCGAAUAAUCGGACCAUGAGCGCGUCCCCAGGUGACAAGCAGCGGUGACGUGGCUACGCCAUGCCGGUAUGCUGACGUCUGUUUACGAUAUGGUGCCAAGGGCUGUCGCUCUGGUGCUGUGGUGCAGUAACUUGGGCCCUAUCUGGCCGGCUAACUUUGCAGUGGGGCUGUAAGCUUGCCCGCCCUGCCUGGCCGCUUAAAAAAUGUUGUUGUGGAGCGGAGGUCGCGUCCGAAGGCAGGUGUGAAGGGGUAUCUCCGUCGUGGAGGGAGUACUGGUGGUUAACUGCAGCGCACAGUUGGCUCACCCGCAUGCUUUGUGCGUUGAUAACGUGGUAGCCUUGAAUGCGAACUGCGUGUGUUGGUAGCAAUGAAUGAGUAGAGCGUGACGCGGGGAGUCCUUCAGGACACCCUGCAGGACCAAAUGGCCUCCUGAGCAUUGACAGGUUGACAGGCAUUGUGACAGAGGCGCCCUCUACCUGACAAAGUGGUUUGUAAGGUACACGCUGU